AUGCACACCACACGUGGUGCAUGCACACGUGUUGCACGGGGCCUGCGCGUGUCGCACGCGCUGCCCUCAGUCGUCCCCCUGCAGGUGUUCGCGGAGCCGCUGCAGCCGUUGCAGCUCUACCCCGCGGCGCCCCGGGGGCUGCUGACGCUGCCGCACGCGGCGCUCGGUCGCACUCAGUCGUCCCCUGCCAGCACCGGCCUCAAGCCCCCUGCGCCCGAGGCCCCCCCAAAGCACCUUUUCACUACAGGCGUCGUCUACGACACGUUCAUGCUGAAGCACCAGUGCGCGUGCGGCAACACCACGGUGCACCCCGAGCACGCCGGCCGCAUCCAGAGCAUCUGGUCCCGGCUGCAGGAGACGGGGCUGCUGGGCCAGUGCGAGCGCAUCCGGGGCCGCAAGGCGACGCUGGAGGAGAUCCAGACGGUGCAUUCGGAGCAUCACGCGCUGCUCUACGGCACCAGCCCGCUCAACCGGCAGAAACUCGACAGCAAGAAGCUCCUGGGUCCCAUCAGCCAGAAGACGUACGCGGUGCUGCCGUGCGGGGGCAUCGGGGUGGACAGCGACACGGUGUGGAACGAGAUGCACUCGUCGAGCGCCGUGCGCAUGGCCGUGGGCUGCCUGGUGGAGCUGGCCUUCAAGGUGGCCGCCGGCGAGAUCAAGAACGGCUUCGCUGUCAUCAGGCCCCCGGGCCACCACGCCGAGGAGUCCACGGCCAUGGGCUUCUGCUUCUUCAACUCGGUGGCCAUCUCGGCCAAGCUGCUGCAGCAGAAGCUCAGCGUGGGCCGCAUCCUCAUCGUGGACUGGGACAUCCACCACGGCAACGGCACCCAGCAGGCCUUCUACAGCGACCCGCACGUGCUCUACAUCUCCCUGCACCGCUACGACAACGGCAACUUCUUCCCGGGCAGCGGGGCGCCCGAGGAGGUGAGCGCGGGGCGGCCCCGGCGGCGGCGGCUGGAGCCCCUGGACGCGUCGCUGCUGCAGCAGAAGCCCAAUGUCAACGCGGUGGCCACGCUGGAGAAGGUCUUUGAGAUCCAGA